AUACUCAUCUAAAAAAAAAAAAUGUCGCUAAAUUCAGUUACAUUCUGGUCAGACCUACUGCAAAAAGAACGUAUUGCCACUAUUCAGGAAUAUAAUAAUAAAGACCUUGAUUAUGAGCUGCGGCGCUUGCUGAAUAGCAAGCUCCCAGCGGUAAAUUACACUCGCACUCACCUAUUUGGAUCGCGUAUGAUGGGAAUUGGAGAAGAAAACUCUGAUUUGGACAUUUACGUUGAGUUUGACGACAGCUUCAAUAAAUACGAAAUGGGUGAAACUCGCGAGGUCCUGCAACGUCAGCGACUUAUCGCAAAUGCUAUCAAGUCGGAUGUAAACUGGACGCAUAUUGCUAAUGUUGGAGGGGGAUGUCCCAUUGUUACGGUCGUUUACAAACCCGAGGGAAGGCAAUGCGACAUAAGUUUCUCUUGUGGCCUAACCUAUAGCCAGAAUAUGUUAGUCAAGCAUUUAUUUGAUAUGCAACCCAUAGCUCGCUAUAUGGUGAUCUUUUUGCGCGGCUGGAUAAAAGAUAUCCAACUUCAUUCAGAAUUUCGCAACCACAUACUCAUUCUAAUGGUCAUCUUCUUUUUGCAACAUGAGCAUUAUCUACCUGGAAUUGAUAAGCUCCAGGCAAAUCAAUCUGCCUCAAUUGGUGUUUGCGUCACCAAAUUUUCUACUGAAAAGUUGUCAGAUUUUACGGAAAUAAUUGGAAAAAAUGAAGUACAAGGGAUGCUAAAACGAUUCUUUAAUUUUUAUUCAUUAUUCAACUUUGCCAAGCAUGCAGUUUGCCCUUAUUUAGGAAGGGAAAUAGAGCGUGCAAGCUUAAACCGCCAUAUGCCGACUAGGUAUACCCACGAUCGAUAUUUUAGAAGGGAUACCGCAGUUAUUCAAGAUUUCAUACAACUUAACCACAAUAAAGGAUGGCUCAUCAAGAAUACACACAUUGAGAAAUUUCAAAACAAGUGCCGCAUGGAACUUGACUAAUUGAAGGACAGAAACGGAUUUAAAAUUUAUUUCAACUUUAAAUAUUACAUUUUGUAAGCAACAUU